GGUAGUGUUGACAUGUAUGUUAAUCAAUGGAAAACUUGAACUUUUUUUCAAUCCUCGUAGAUUGAUCCGUUGUAAAAAUGAGUGACAGUAUGGAAGGAGAUGCAUCAGAAGAAAUCUCUGAGGAUGAAUACCAUGAGCUGUUGCAGGAUAUAUCAGAAUGGUAUGAUCGAAAUAGCUGUAUCAGUAUGCUGAAAGUAUUGUACAGAGAUCAUGUGACUGAUGCUACUAAACUGCAUAAUGCUACUAAAAUGCGCGACUUGCUGGACAACUUGCAUAGUUUUGGGAAUCUGAGUCCAACUGAUCUUGGUAUUCUGUAUGACACUGUAAAUGUAACAAAACAAUUUGGUUUCAAACCAAAAAAUAAAAAGCUGCUUCCAUUAUUUCAAAAUGUUAGAAGUUUUGAAAUAUCAAAAUUUACAUCGCACAGGCAAAAGCUUGUAAAAUUAGGAAUGGCGUUGACUCGGAAUGAUGUAGCAACUUUUGAUGGUUCAUUUAACAUCCCACAAAAGAAAUAUGAAGACAGUUGGCAUUUGAUAAAUGAUCUGGAGCACAGAACAGUAAUUUGUGAAGGAAAAAUGGAGCCAUUUGUUGAAAAGUUGCGUAAAGUCCAACUCCAUUCAGCCGUGAAAGCUCUUACUGAAGAUGAUGAAAAAGAACCAGAAAAUUUAACCAGCAAAAGACAGGUGAAACAGAAAGGACCUACUAACAAAAUUAAAAGGGCAAAGACAGUGAAGCAAUCAAGCCUAGAUGAUGAAGAACCGGAAAAUUUAACCAGCAAGAGAAAGGUGAAACAGAAAGGAUCUACUAACAAAAUUAAGAGGGCAAAGAUAAUUGAGCAAUCAAGCCCAGGCACUGAAAAUGUAUCUUCAAACUCAGGAAAAACGAGUGGUGAAGGUAGUAAAUGAUACAUUUACAGAUGUUAAUGUAUUCUAAAUAUCAGGUCAAAGUUCAAAUCUCAAAUAAGUCAGUACUUCGACCUGAUAUCCAGAAUG